ACAACAUGUUGAACACCCAAAAUAUUUUGCACCAAAAAAUGUGUCCGAACCCCGUCCCCACUCCAAAUAGUUACAAUGUUCGGCCAGCUGCAUGCCAGCGUCAGAAUAACCAAAGUACCAUGAUUAUUCUUCCUGCCAUUCGCCAUGCACGCCCCCACCCUAUAACCCACACUCAUGUACAAUUCAGUGAUGCCAUGGAGUCCGAGUCGGCCAACCUAGUCUAUCGGCGUCGAGACCUCCGCCGCCCUGCCCCAAUCCCAACCCCCCGAUCCAGUGCUCGCAAAACGUAAACCGAAAAUAAGAGCCUGUAAUCGGAUCCGGGAACCUAUCUUUUCAGCCGCUCCGGCAGGUACACUGUACCCUCAUUCACACGCACGGACACAUACGCCCCUAUCUCAAGUGUGUUGCUGACACAUGAAUAUUGUAUGACGCCCCCUUCCUUCGUCCGUCAUCCCAUCCCGUCCCGUAGACACCCGUAGGUCGCGAUAAGAGUGGGGGGAGGAGGUCGUCGGUAUCGCUUUGUAGCCUUGUAGUAUCGAUCAUCCGCGCAAUUAUAUCAAUCAAUCGCGCCUUUAGACCAACAUUCCAAAUUCGAUCGAAGAAGAGAGACAUCUACUAGUAGUGAUUCUCUUUCGCUUGUGGUUGACAAUUUUUUGCAUGCAUCCUACAAUGAAUGUUG